UCAGUGCCCGGUGCCACGGGGACGGGCUCGGUGGAGUCACGCCUCUGGGAGGGCGGGACGAGGUUCUCCGUCCGCGCCCCGGGCACGGGGGGGGUCGGAUCCGGCCAGAUCCCCCGGCGCCCGCUGGACACGCAGGGACCGACCCGCCGGACACCCAGCAUGCCCACCAAGACACUCUGGCUGCCUCUGGCGUGGCUAGCGGCAGCAGCCACGGUCACUCAAAGUCCCUGUGCCCAGGUGCUCGCUCUGGAGGCCUCUCCCAGCUCGAUGACACUGCUCGGAGAGCCCCCGACACCGCCUGUGCCCCCUGCUCCUAGCUCGGCUCCCUGGCAGGACGUGGGGGCCUCCGUCCUGCCCGUGCCCACCCCCAGCGCCCGCCCCGAGGGGCUGCCUGGCUGGGGUGGCACGGAUGCCCCCAGCCCCACAGCGCCGGAGGGAGCGCCGGAGGAGCUGGACGCCGCCGCCAACGGGACCACGGCAGUGCCCACGCCCGGCACCAGCGCCCCGCCGUGCCCUGGGGACGAGGAGCCGACCGACACCUGCGGGGAGCCCACGGCGGAGCAGCGGGCUGCCGUGACCGAGGCUCUGGGCACCUUUGCCCUCCGCUUCUACCAGCGCAUGGCAGAGGCUGCCCAUCCCGACGCCAACUUGCUCUUCUCCCCCCUCAACGUCGCCACGGGGCUCUCGCACCUGCUGCUGGGUGCCCGCGGAGAAACCCAGGAGCGCCUGGCCGCCCUCCUGGCGUACCCGCAGGGGCUGGUGGACUGCGUGCACGGCGCCCUGCAGCAGCUGGCCAGCACGCCAGGCCUCUUCUCGGCCGCCCAAAUCUUCCACCAGCCAGAGCUGCACCUCCGGCCCCGCUUCCUCAACGACUCCCUGCGCUUCUACGGCGCCCGCCCGUACGCCCUGAGCGGCAACGAGAGCCUGGACCUGCAGCGCAUCAACGCCUGGGUGCGGGAGGCCAGCCAGGGGCUGCUGCCCACGCUGCUGUCCGCGCUGCCCCCCGAGCCGCGCCUGCUGCUGCUCAGCGCCGUCCACCUGCGCGCCGCCUGGCGCACCCCGCUGGACCGCAAGAAGACAGUGCUGCUGCCCUUCGUGCGGCCCGGGCACCCCCCGCGCAGGGUGCCCACCAUGACCAGCGCCAAGUACCCGGUGGCCUCUUUCAGCGACUCCCGCCUGCAGGUCCAGGUGGGGCGGCUGGAGCUCAAUGGGGGGCUGAGCCUCGUGGUGCUGAUGCCGCGGGGGCCCCUGGAGCCUCUGGAGACCCUGGAGCGGGCGCUGGACCCCACGACCUUCCUGGCGCUGCUCCGGCGGGCGGCUCGCACCGCGCCCCGGGCCACCGCGCUGUCCCUGCCCCGCCUGCGCCUCGACAUCGCCCUGGACGUGGUGCCUCUGGUGCACGACAUGGAUUUCGGGCUGUUCCUGGACGCGGAGCUGUGCGGGCUGGCGCGGGGCCCCGCCGCGGUGGACACGGCGCAGCACCGGGCGGUGCUGGCGCUGGACGAGGCGGGCGUGGAGGCGGCGGCGGCCAUGGCCACCUCGGUGGCGCGCUCGGCUCUGGUGCUGGAAGCCCUGCGCCCCUUCCUCUUCGUCCUCUGGCACAACACCGGCGAGUUCCCCGUCUUCAUGGGCCGUCUCAGCGACCCCCAGCCCUGACUCUGCCUCUCCUCUCCGUGUCUUCCCUCCUCCCAUCUCUCCAUCCUUCCCUCUUGCCUCCUCCUCUCGCUCCUCCCUGCUUCACUCCUUCCUUUUCUCCUUUACCCCUUUCCUCUCUCUCUCCUCUCAUCCUUCCUCCCCUUGUCCCUCCCUCCCUCCCUUCAUCCCUCCCUUCAUCCCUCCCUCCCUCCGUCCUUCUCCUCUCUGCAUCCCUUGUCCCUCCUUCCUCUCCUCCCUCCCUCCCAGCUUCCUCUCUCUCUCUCAUCUCCCCCCUUUCCCUUCCCAUCUCCUCGCCCUUCACAUACCCCAGCUCCCCAGGGCACCAGGGAGUCCCUGCUCCUCCCGUGCCUCAGUUUCCCCGCCAGCUCGGGGUCCCAAUAAAUGCACCAACCACC